UAAAUUUAAUUAAAAUUAAAAAUAUAAAUUGUUUUUAUGCCAAUAAAUGGCCUGCGAUGGAGAGAAUAACUGCUGAGCUGAGCUUAUCACAGAUUUGAGUACAGGUUUGCAUUAGCAAGUGAAUGGGUAAAAAUCAAUACGCAGCGAAGCGAUGGAGCAGCGCGCCAACUUCCUGGCCCUGACCCUCCUGGACGCCCUGGAGGAUGAGAACGAAUCGGACAUUCUGUCGAUGCUGGAGCGGAAUAGCAUAAACGCAGGGAUUGUUCCCUGCGAUCGCGGAUUGUCCCCGCUUCACUACGUUUGCGGCAUGCGGAAUGCUGAUCUCGCCCAGAGGAUCCUGGAGAGGUUCCUCGAAUGCCCCGAUCUCGAUGUGGACGCCCUGUGCGAUGGGCAGACCACCGCAUUGCACAUUGCUAGCAUCUAUGGACGAGCGGAGCUGGUGCGGAUGUUGCUGGAGCGCGGAGCUCGCGCGGAUCUGGCCGACGAGGAGAACAAGCUGCCCGUCCACUAUGCCAUCGAGGAGUGCCACUUCGAGGUGCUGCAGCUGCUCAGGGAUCACAUUUUCCGCCAGCGACAGCGGCAGAAGAAACAGAAGCAGAGAUCCCAGUUGGGCGAUGCUCUGACCCCCAAUCAGCAGAGAUACAACCACGAUGUGACCUCGCCCUACUACAUAAACAUCACCCACAGGCGGCAUCGACCGCAGCCAAAGUUUCCCGAGCCGGAGGAGCUGGAAAGUAACCAAAUACCCCCACUUCCCGAUGAGGAAUCGGUUAACUUGUUCGCCCUCACCGAAGCUCAUCUCACGCAGCUCAUCCAGAGCCAAAGGGAGAACCAGCCGGAGGAUCCCGACCAGCCAAAGCGCCGAACGCUCAUCGAGAGCUGGCGGGAGAAGGUGGAAAGGUCUAGGGCCCGCCAAUCCCUCCUCCAUCAGUACGACGAGCAUGUGGAGGCUCUAGUAGACGAGGCAAUCGGGCAGGAAAACUUUAGCUACGAGCAGCACCUGCAACAGCAGCUGCGGGGGGAGGAGAAUCCCAGGGAACUGGCAGAAGAUGCUCCCUCCUCCGGUCGCCAGGUUUUCGAGUUGCUAGUGGAGCAGGUCGCCCAAGCGGUGGUCGUGGAGCCUGAGCCGGAACACAGUUUCUUCACGGCCCAUGGCGACGAGGAGGCGGCAGCUUCGGAUGAGUACUUCCUGCAGAUUAAGGAGGCCUACGUGCACACAGAUGACGAGAAUGGCUUGGUUUUCUACGAGGCCAAGUUUCUGCAGAAUGCGGAGAAAAGAGAACCGAUUAUACAAACUCCCAAGGAGAAAAAACCAGAUUUAGAUAGCACCGUAAGCACAAAUCAUACCCUCCCGCUGGACUACGAAACGGAUGCCCUGCGCCGUGAGCUAACCCAACUGGGAGCUCCAGUGGGCCCCAUAACAAAGACAACAAAAAGGCUUUACAUCAAGCAGCUAAUCAAGUACAAGCGGAAUACGGAGGCUCUGCUGGCCGCCCAGAAACACGCCCAGGAGGCGCAAAUCCGCUACUCGGUGGAGCUGCAUCGCACACUUCGAUCCCCGGAGGACUUUGCCAGAAUCAGCGAAUAUUUGCCGCACGAGGCUGCCUCGGCGGCGCAUUUUGCCAAGUCAGGGAUACCCAAAAAGAACCUAAGAGAGGGUCAUCUCAAACAGAGCUUUAUCUACAUGCUGAUUGAUCCUCGCAUCUCGCGGAAUUUACCCGGCGAGAGGGCUUUUCUCGAAGAGUUUGCCGUGUGGCAGCGCUUCCUGGACUCCAUUUUCUACGUGGGCAAGGGCAAAUCCUCUCGACCGUACGCUCAUCUCUACGAUGCCAUGCGCCAGCACACUCGACUUCACCAGAAGCGGGAAAAAAAUAAGGAACGAGGAGGUGGAUUUCGCACUUUGCAACCCGAUGUUUUCCGCUCACCGCCGCCGAAAGAUGCGAAGAUGGGUAGCCAGAAGUUGGAGCGCAUUUUAGACAUUUGGCAGCAUGGCAAUGGAGUCGUUUGCCUGCACGUCUUUCACAACAUCCUGCCCAUUGAUGCCUAUACCCGAGAGGCUUCCAUCAUAGACGCCUUGGGCCUGACGCACCUGACGAACUUAAAACGCGGCGACUACUACGGACCCGCCCAGUCGUGGACAAUGAAACAGAAGAAGCAGCUGGGCAUUGCGCUGCUCCUCAAGGCCAUGCACAUCUAUCUGGCCGAGGGAGAGUCCCAGUUGUCGCCCAGCGACCUCCUGUGAGAAGGGAAUCGGAAAUGGGAUGAACUACAACCUGGAAAUUGGCUCCGAGUACAAAGUGCUGUGGCGCAAUUCGAAAAAUGUUCAAAGCUUGAUCUCAAGAUUUUUUACACUAGGAAAUGAAACGGAGUUAGGGAAUUGCAUAAAAUUAAAGUUAGAAAUGUUAAGAGUAUCUGCAAAAUAAUUGUACAAUUUCUAAGCUUAAAACAGAGAGUCCAAAAUAUUUAUUUUUAAGCAAAUGCCAUUACAGCUUUGCCCGCUAGUAUUAAAUAUGUGCACAGAUUGAUUUUAAAUAAUAAAUAUAUGUAUACUUUU